GAUUGUAAAUUACAUAAAUCAUCCCAAUUAUGGAGUUAUAUAAACAAGGAGCAGAAUCAAAAAUAUAUUCUACAAUAUAUUUUGAUCGGAAAGCUAUUAUAAAAGAACGAUUUUCUAAACAAUAUAGAAAUAAAUUGUUGGAUCAAACUUUACGAAAAGAACGUACUAAAGCGGAAUCCAAAGCUAUUUUAAAAUGUAAACAAGGUGGAAUUGUUACUCCUGCUAUAUACUCCUUAGAUUUAAAUGACUGUAAAAUAACAAUGGAAAACAUAAAUGGUCAAACAAUUAAUGACUAUCUGAUUAAUAUGGGAAAUAAGAAAGAUGAUAAUGCUAAGUUAACAAGUAUAUUGAUGAACAUCGGGGCUAUUAGGACUUUUAGGAGAAUAAUCAGGACCCUAAACUGUAAUAAAAAACCAAUCAAAACCUUUUGUUUGAUUUAUUCCGAAUAA